AUGGAUGGAUUUGGAAAUGAUGUUAUUGCAGAGGAUCUUGCGGUCAGAGAUGCUGAUAGAUACUCAGAUGAUUUGCUGGUCAUUUCUGCUGGACAGCAUUUAAGAUCAUUGAGAAACGGCAUUUGUAAAUCAUUUGCUGAAGGUUGUUCAUCAUCUUCAAAACCUUGUAACCCUGAAACCUGUGAAAGAAGAUCCUCAGAGCCUACGGAAGAUACAAGAUCUGAAAUUGUUGACACUACCAUUACACGGUUUACAAUUUGCUUGGAGAUUGGCAAUUUCGUGUUGGAGAAGUUCUGUCGUUUGAGCUUCAUUUUUGCAUUUGUCAACCUGGCAUCUCGAGUACAGAAAACAUUGCAAGGUUCAUCUGACAAUAUUGGAUGGUUGCCGCGCACUCCUGGCAUGCCUGGUGUGGAGGAUGGUGCAGCACUUUAA